AUGACAUUAGAUUACGAAGUUUAUAAGGAAGGUGGUCUUCUUCGUGAUCGAUAUAAGUUGAUCGAAGAUAUCAGUGAAGGAUCAUACGGAUAUGUGUCAUUGGCAUCUGAUACCCAACUGAAGAAGUUGGUAGCAGUGAAAUACAUCUUCAAGAGUGAAGAUGACAAGGGUAAUGAUACCAAGGAUGGUGUCAUGGUCAUUGGAGAUGAGAAAGAUGAUGAAACUAACAACACUGUUAACUCGUCUCAAGAGAAGAAACAACGUUUGUUGAAACAUCAAAAGUCCUUAAUUUCGGAUAAGGUUUUGUCAAGAUUUUCUAACAACGUAUGUUUCGAGGCAUUGUACGAAGUGGAUAUUCAAACCAAGAUCGGGAAGCAUAAAAAUAUCACGGAAUUAUACGAUUUCUUCGACUCUUACAUUAUUAUGGAAUAUUGCUCUGGAGGUGAUUUGUACGAGGCCAUCAAAGAUGAUAUGGUCCCCAGAAAGACCAAAAAUGUGACAAACAUCAUUAACCAAAUCUUAGAUGCCGUGGAAUACGUGCACUCGAGGGGCAUUUACCAUCGUGAUAUUAAACCAGAGAAUAUUUUGAUUGCUGGCAAUUGGAACAUUAAAUUGACUGAUUGGGGUUUGGCUACUACUGAUAAAACAUCCAUGGAAAGAAAUGUAGGAAGUGAGAGAUAUAUGGCUCCUGAACUGUUCGAAUCUAAUCUGGAUAGAGAAGAGAGAACAGACGCCUACGAUUGCGCUAAAGUUGAUAUUUGGGCCAUCGGUAUUGUUAUGCUGAAUAUCGUCUUCCAUAAGAAUCCAUUUACUGUGGCGAACCAAACUGACAAGGCGUUCUGCUAUUUUGCUGCUAAUAGGGAAGCUUUAUUUGAUGUCUUUUCCACUAUGAGUUAUGAUUUCUUCCAAGUGUUGAGACACGCGUUGACCAUCGAUCCUACAAACAGAAAUUUGGAAAAAGUCAGAACUGAAAUAAAAAGAUUAAGUGAAUACACUAUGGAUGAUGAAUAUUACAACUCACUAGACAGCGAUGAAGAGUCAGUGUUUUACAACUACCCACCUCCAGCUUUACCGCCAAAAUCUGCUCCAACAAGCGUAUCUGCCCCAUCUGUGGCUCCAAUGAGCCCAUUGCAUUCUACUGCCCCAGCUACUGUGGCAACCACGGUCUCUGGUAUCAUAAGUACUGUCUCAGCAGUUGGUGAGACUGGUCAGACUCCACAAAAACCGCCUGCUAUAACUGUUGAAGAAAUCACUCCCGAACCAUCAGUCAAACAGAAUAAAGAACCUGUUCCAAGGUUCACUUUUACUAAGCGCAGCCAUAACCGCUCUAAGAGUAAUGGGUACCAAAACAAUAAAAAUACCAAAAAAAAUACACCUGCAAAGCAUGAUGCGUACGGUGCUGGUGGUUACAAAAACUACAAAUCGAAUAUCAAACCGAUUCAAAUAAACAACAAUGAAAAGAUUAUCAAAAAUUCCAGAAAGCCAUUGGCGAUUCCAACGCCAAACACUCAUAUUAAUAACUUCUUCCAUGAGUACAAGUCAAGAGAUGAUGUCGAUGACUUCAACACGAGAGAUUAUUUUACACCUCCUAGUGUACAUAACCGUUACAUGGAAGGGGUUUUCUCCAAAAAGAAUAAGAGAUUUAACCAGUGGUCGAAAUCUCCUAAGACGAACGGCACAACAAAUAACGGCAAUAGACGUGGCUCCUUCAAUCAAGACAAUACUGGAAACCGCAAAUAUGUCCCACCACAUUCCAGAAAGUCAUUCGAUGUCGGGUCACCAUCAAUUCCACAUUUAUCCUCAAAGCACGAGGAACAACCGCCUAUUCAUACCAUGACGUAUCAUGAACAGCAUGCAUUAUCCGUUGAUAAUGAACCGGAACUGGACGAUGUUUUGUUUACUCUGGAAGAAAGUGACGGUUUCGACGGAUUCAUUAAUGAUAUGAGUGAUCUAUCUAUAAAUACUCAACAAUCCUCGCAUUCUGUUAAUCUUACUGCAAACGGUAACAACAACCAAGGUCCACAUGGAUUACCUGAUUUAUUCAAAUCGCCUCAGGUUUCACAUGUAAACAUAAACGACCCGUUAAACAAUCAUGUUACUUUGGCGCAUUCCGCAAGAAGACCAACCACAAGUUCAGACAAGGGAAUUUCAGGUGUGUAUGUACCUCCUCAUCAUAGAAAAAGUUUCAACAUUGGCCAUGACAAUUUAGUUCCAGGUCAACACACAAACGGGUUGAAAAGAAAUAGUUUCGGAAAUAGGAAACCUGUCAAUGUCAAUGUCAACGGUAAUGGUGGCUUAAACGCCCAGGACCGUUUCAUCUUACCUCACAAUCCAUAUCUUUCAGCCGCUUCUACAAGCUUGCAGAAGAAUGAUGUGUUCAUUGAUAACGAUGCUGUGUUUUUCGAAGAUGACGAACCCCAUUUCUUUUCAGCCGGAAGGGUCAACUCGCCAGGAAAGAUUAGAACCGGCAGAAAGUCAAGUUCGAAACAAGAUGAAGUGGUUGGUUCCUUAGAGCAAUACAAGAAUAACUGGUUAAUGUUACAACAGUACCAAGAUUAA